CUUGGUUUCUUGGUGAUUUUACAGUAUUUUAUGUAAAAAAAAAAAUAUAUAUAUAUUUGUUAUUGUUUUUUCCCCAAAUAAAAUCACCUGCAAGCCGAAUUUGGCCCGCGGGCCGCCUAUUGGGGAAUCGUGUUAUAUGGCAAGAGAAAGAUGGAAAGCCAAAUGGCGAGAGAGUGGAAAACAUUGGAUUAAAUAUUGGAGGCCUUUCACUCCAUCAGUUCAGCUGCUACUUGGAAAUGUGUAACCGAAGCCAUUUCCUCUUUUUCAAGUUCCUCUUCUCAAACUGACACAACUAUAAGACCUCAGAACUCAGACCUCUCCUUCCAUUCGCGGUCCAUGGGAGCAUGACAAUGGAUUGGAUAAUACCCCUUUCAUUCUACUUAUCAGUGCCUCAAGGUGCUUUGGCUUUUAACAUUGACCCUGUUGCUUGGAUGUACGUCAGCAAACCUGCUGCUGCUGGGUUUGGGUACAAGGUGGUACAGAAGAGCCAAACAAGCUUGCUCAUAAGUGCCCCCCUGGAGCAGCAUCAGAAAAAUCAGAGGGGACAAGUUUACCAAUGUCUGGUCGGAAAAUCAUCUUGCACACCAUUGGUAAUACAAGUUCCCAGUCAUGGGACCAAUAUGUCUCUUGGUUUGUCAAUGACAAUGGAUCCAGUGUCACUAAAGACAAUGGUAUGCGGGCCAACCAUCCCAAGAGAGUGUAAAACCAUCACCACCUACAAUGGGAUGUGCUUUGAAAUUGACCCAAGUCUUAAUGUGAGACAACCUGUGCCUUCAUUUCUGGAAGAAUGCCCUGGACAAACAGACAUAGCCUUUAUAUUGGAUGGAUCAGGAAGUGUUACCGGAACGGAAUUUAACCAAAUGAAAGCCUUCGUGAAAGAUCUGAUCAGGGAAUUUCUGGGAAGGGAUACUAAGUUUGCAGUUGCCCAGUAUUCAGACGAUUGCACUAUACAUUUUGACUUAAAUCAAUUUAAUGUCAACAUUUGGGAAAAGCAAGUUAAUAGUAUUAAUCAACUAGGUGGAAGGACUUACACGGCAGAAGCCAUACAAAAAGUUGUCCAAGAUGUCUUUUCAACGAGUGGAGGAUCCAGACCAAAUGCGAAGAAGAUCUUGAUAGUCAUUACAGACGGACAAUCACAUGACAGUGCGCAGCUGGAGAAAGCAGCCUCUGAGGCUGAAACCAAAAACAUUAUUCGAUUUGCCAUUGGGGUGGGCACAGCCUUUUCUGUGGACACAGCAAGAAGGGAGUUAAUAAAAAUUGCCUCCUCUCCACCAAGCAACCACAUGUUUCAAGUGGGCAGCUUCAAAGCACUUGACCAAAUCAAGGAUACAUUACAGAGCAACAUUUUUCCUAUUGAAGGAUCUCAGACUACUGGGGAAUCUAUUAAGAUGGAAAUGGCCCAGGAGGGAUUCAGUGCAGCAUACAUGCCUGGGGGAGGAUUCCAGAUGGGAUCUGUUGGAGCCUUCCAAUGGAGGGGGGCUUACCAGGAAUACACAGGGAGCACUUUAAACCCUACACCACAACAGAGUCAGAACAUGGAACCAGAUAGUUAUAUGGGGUACUCCAUGGCAGUUGCUCGGACACACACUCGCCAGUUUACCAUUUUAGGUGCUCCGAGAUUUAAACACACUGGACGAGUGGUGGUGUUUUCGUCCAGAGACACAGGCAAGCCGAUAGAAUUUUCGGGACAGAUUGGCGCUUAUUUUGGGGCAGAGGUCUGUGCGAUGGACGUGAAUAAAGACUCAUAUAGCGACCUAGUCCUCAUAUCUGCUCCGAUGUUCACAGACAGAGACAGAGAGGGCAGGGUAUAUGUCUGUACCAUCAACGAAAGGUCUGGGGUGGCCUGUCAAUUAGUUGCUGAGAUGACACUGGAGGGGGAUGCAGGACAGAUGGGCAGGUUUGGAACUUCUCUUGCCCCACUGCCUGACCUGAAUGUGGAUGGAUUUAACGAUUUAGCUGUCGGAGCACCUCUAGAGAACGAUGGUCAAGGAAGUGUCUACAUAUUCUAUGGGACAAGUAGUGGAAUCAGCAAAAUCAAAUCGCAGAGAAUUUCAGGCUCGGAUGUACAGUCUGGAUUAAAGUAUUUUGGACUGUCCAUCAGCCAGACUUCUCUGGACAUGAGUUCGGACUCUCUACCAGACUUGGCCGUGGGAUCUAAGGGGACUGUUCUCUUACUCAGGUCCAGGCCUAUAGUAACAUUGACGGCACAAGUUUCCUUCAACCCAUCCAAAAUCCCCACCAACCAGUCAGACUGCAAUACACCCCUGAUAAACAUUGCUAAAGUCUGUUUCACCAUGACCAGACAGACAACAGACACAAAAGAUCUUGAAGCAAAGAUUAACUAUACUUUAACACUGGACGUGACCCGCCAAGCUCCUAACUAUCGUGCUUAUAUCAGUCCAAAGAUACGGGAGGAAACGAAAACUGUUACAUUGAGACUUCAAGAGCAAUGCUUCAAUCAUAACUUCUUCAUUGAGGCUUGCCCAGAGGACGCCCUCAAUGAACUGUCCAAUGAACUUGACUUCACAUUUGAAGGGUUGCCAACGACAUCUUCUGGUGGCCUCAGCUCUAGCCUUUCCCCGCAGUCUCCGACUACAACGUAUCAUCCCAUUGGUUUUGAGAUCAACUGUGGUGCUGAUAACAACUGCAUUGACAACCUCAAAGUGGAUUUUAAUUUCACCAGGUGUUCAGAGGUGAGGGUUGGCAUAGAUGAUGUGCUAAAUGUGACAGUGUCAGUCGAGAGCAGGGGAGAGAACUCUUACAACAGCCACGUCAUUCUCACAUACCCUGCAGGACUUUCAUUCAGGAGGUUCACCAUACUCCAGGGAAGAGUGGAGUGUAACUCAUCAGACAGUGUGGACAAUGUAAAGUGGGGACAAAGUGACUGCACCAUUGACAAGCCAAUCUUCAAAAGCAAUUCUAAGGCUCUCUUAGUAAUUUCCUAUGGGAUAGAUAGAAACACUCAAUAUGGCCAAAUGAUGGCCUUCACUGCAAAUGCCUCAAGUGGAAAUGUACACUCACCAGACAGUGAACUUUUCAAAAUGAAAGAGAUUGGUGUGAAAUACAGCAUUUUUGUUGUGAUUAAAAGAAAUGAGGAUUCAACCAGGUACAUUAAUUUCACUGCCGGGAAAAAUGAUUUGGAGAAACAUGUGAAACAAUCCUUUGAGGUUGAAAAUUAUGAAAGAAGCUUCAAUCUUACUGUGAUAAUCAAGGUGCCAAUGAAGCUUGGUGACAAAGACAUCUGGGCUGAUCCAAACGGUAUACAGAUUCAAGGUUGUCAAAGAGUCAAGGAUGAGGAACCCACUGCCACAGAGUUUGUGGACAAGCUGCAGAAAAAUCCUGUUGUGGACUGCUCUGUCGCAAAUUGUGGGGUGUUCAUGUGCAAGAGCUUCAUCAGAAAUUUGUAUCGUAACUCUUACAACAUCACUGGUAACCUCAGCUCUGGAUGGAUAGAACAGAUUGGUCUUGAGUCUGCCCAGUUCAUCUUGGUCAGCAGUGCCACUCUAGAUUACGACAGAAACCAAUACAUCUAUUAUUCUUCGGACUCCAAAAAUAACCCACCUGUACAAAAGAUUGAAACUCAGGUGGAGGUGUAUUCUGAGGUUGACUUCACAAAGGGGAUCAUUGGGGGUGUUGUGGGAGGUCUGCUGCUGUUAGCUUUGAUCACAGCUGGGCUUUAUAAGGCUGGGUUUUUCAACAGCCAGUACAAGCAGAUGAUGGAGGAUGCAUCAAAAGAUGAACCAGGGGAUGAUGGAGAAGCUGCCUUGCCUGAAUAACAACAAACAAUUGGACUUGCUCACUGAAUGCGUACAAAUAUUAAAGGGGAAGUUCAGGAUUUUACAACUUCAUGUCACCGAAAAAGUAGUCUAUGGGUCAGGAGAAACUGUAAUCCAUGGUUCGGUUUUCUUUAAAUCUACUACUUCAGCUAACUUGAGCCACUGCUAGCAAAAAAACAAUGGUAGUGAUAGAUUCAAUCGUGCAAUUCAAAAAUUUUAUCGGCCAAAAAUGACAAUGCACCUCCUCUGUGUGGCUCCCUUUCCCAUGCACAUAACUAGUUAAGACCUAGUUAUUCAUUUGCUCCACAAAUUAUUCUCAUAAAACAAUAAUCUUUACAUUUCUCCUUCACAAAAAAAAAGAUAACAUAUGGCCAAGAUAACAUACAACUUUAUUUACAUAUGCAUGGUUAAUACAAUUAUUUUCUAUAUGUGUAAUAUUAUAAUAUUUAUAAUAUCCAUUACCUAAAUAUAUAAUAGGGCUGGAAUGAAUAAUUAUUUCAAGAAAACAUAUUUUCAGAAAGUGUGAAGGAAUAAAAUAAUACAAUUAUAUUUCAAACACCUCAUUUGUUUUACAAAACCCAAUUUUUCAUGAUAUUAGUAGUUGCAGAGUAUUACCGUUGUCGCACAGUGUUUCCAUAUGGCAACAUACUGUUAAAUAACAUUGUUCUAUAUUUGUUUAGUUUAGGCCAUUUGAAGUGAUUUGGACAUUGUAAAUCAUUUGCACGAUUGCCCCUAUCACUUCCAUUGAUUGUUAGCUAACAGUGGCUAAAGUUAGCUGAAGUUUGCAGUGUGUGUUUUUAGGUUACUGUAGGUUCACAAAAUCUUUCUGAUGACAACAUACUUUAUGGGUAUCUUACUGAGAAAAAAAACAUUAUCUGCUGUGAGCACGCUUGGGACUCAGUCUCACCGGGGAUUUGAACUCCCAGUCUCUUGGUUGGCAGCGACCUGACCUUACUGCUACAGCAUCAGGUCAGUAGGCAUGACAGAGAUUGGCCACACUAAGUUACUGUGAAUUUAAUAAUAAAUUACUUUCAACCAGCUGACAGUAGGGUCGACCCAUAUGAAUUCAGUCACUAUUUGACUGCACCCCUUUUGAUUUGAACAAAUCGUUCCAUACAUGUUUGCCCAUCGUAGAAGUGGUCAGAAACUACAUUUUGGACCUGAAUCUAAAAACAUUCUGGAGAUGCUUAAAGUUGCCACAUUUUUCAUACCCCACCCUACAAUGAGACAUCCUUAUCUUCAUCACUGAAAAAUAUAAACGGUUGAGUUUGAUAUAAUUUGGAAGCAUACAAACAGGGUUAUAAAACAAGUGUUUUUAAUUAAAAUGAUGUAAUUUUUUAUGUCAACUAUUUUUUUUUAGAUCCUUAAACUAAAAUGUUUUUCUCACGUAAUUUGCAGCUUAGAACCUAUUGUACAUCAAUCAUCAUCUGAGGUGUUUAAGUUGUGCCCACCAUCGGUUGAGAGACAGCAUACUGUUGAAUACAGUGUAGGUUUCAUUUCAAUCAUAUAAAUAGUAUUCAUAGAAUGGGCCUAUGCCUUUAGACCACUGCAUUUUAGCUGGUACACCAUUGACAUUUUAAUUGAAUUAACAUUUUAACUUCACAUUAUUACCACAAAGAUGGCCACCGGUCCACCCCCUGUUGAAUGUUAACUUGAAUGGGAAUGGCUAUUCUAUUAUCUAUAUUUCUGUGAUUUCAAUAGGUUUCCUAUGGAAGAUUGACCACAGAAUUUAGAACAAUGGAUAUUCCCAUUCAAGUCAACAUUCUCUGAUGGGUGGACCUAAAACCAUCUUUGUGGUACCAUUUGAAAGAUACAAUUUUAAUUGUAUUCACAUUUUAGUAAAGUUAUCAGACAAACCAUGACACCCACCCUGUAUUCAAGAGUAUGCUGUGUCUCAACUAAAGGCGGGAACAACACAAACAACUCAGAUGAUGUACAAUGGGGUCUAAGCCACAACAUACUGUAUGUGAAAUUUGUAUUAUAUAAUUGACGUUUAAGGUUAAAAAAAAAAUGAUAUUUUGGGGGGGAAAUAAUUAAACAGUUUGUAAGCUUUGUAAUGCUAUCCAACUCAACCGCUUAUCUUUUUCAGUGAUGAAUAUAUGGAUGUCUCAUGGUAGAGUGGGGUAUGCAAAAUGGGUCAACUUUGAACACCUUUAUCUCCUGAAUGUUUUAGCAUUCAGGUCCAAAAAGUCACUUUCUGACCACUUCUACCAUGGGCAAACAUGUAUGGAAAGAUUAUUUCAAAUCAAAAGAGGUCAAAAUGCAGGAAAGCAUAUUGCUCGACCCAGUAAGUUAUUAUAAAAAAUGAACUUCCUGGCAACUAGCUGCCAAUAAGUUACUGUAAAAUGCUCAGUAACCGCUUUACAGCGUAGCUCUCUAUUGUCAAAUGCUCUUACAAAGACUGCAGAAUUGGUAGUGGACAAAAGAGGUGCUCAACCUCCAUUAACGUAACCAUAGACCACUUAAACUGGUACAACACUUCCACUAACCAACGGUUGGCACAAAUAAAUAUUUUAGACCACGCCCCAAAUAUGCUAAUGGUGGGCCCCCUGCCAGUACAUUACCCCCACCUACAUUUCAAAGCACAGAGAUGAUUGAUUGUACCUUGUAUUCAAAAUAUAGGGAUUUUAUUUAACCAUUACACUAGAUUACCCCUAAAAGGUACAAAACAGUACCAUGUGAGAUCAUAUGAGUACCUCUGAAGGUACCUUAUGUGUAUCUUUGGCCUUCAUGUACCCCAGGGAACAACACUGGACCCUAACCGUACCCUUAUUUUUGAAAGUGUAUGGAUUAUGUUCUUGGUAAUAAAUAUGUACCUGGUGGCAAUGCAGAAACAUCAACACAUCUCUGACCAAGAGGUUGCAAGUUCAAAUCCCCAGAGCAUAUAUUCACACUUUAGAUCAAGUGUCCCGGAGCCCUGCUAUUUUUAUGUUGGUGUCGUCAGAUAAUCUGACUUUGCCCACCCCCAAUGUCAUGCCCAGAGACCUGGUGGCGUAGCAGGAAAUUCAGGUUGCUGGCAACCAAGAGGUUGCAGUAAAAAUACAGUAAAUAUCAUUAUUUACAAUAGUUUACUGUAAUCAGAAUACAGCAGCAUACCAUAGUCAUUUUAGGGCAAUAACACCCUACUUUGACUGUAAACUUACACUAAAUUGUAUAUUUACUGUAUUUUUACUGCUUCUCAGUAGCCAGUAAUUUACUGUAAUAGAUAAUAAUUAUAGUUUAUAAUAAUUUAAUUUAUAACAGUCUGGGAAACCUUUAGCAAAGUGCAGAAAUGUAUUCUUCCCAAUGUGGCCAAUCUUUGUCAUUGCCAAAAAGCAGAAAACUUCAGGUCACUGGCACCCAGAACGUUGUAAAUUCAAAUCCCAGGGGAGGUUGAAUCCCAAAUGUCAUUUUACAGCAAUAACAUCUUAAUUCAGCUGUAAAAAUAUUAAGUUGUUGUAUAUUUUCUGUAUUUGUAAUGCAACCAUAAUUGACUGUACAGUGAAAUAACCCAUUAGAAUUGUUUUUUAAAGCCGCACUAUGCAGAAAUCGCUCCAGCAUUCGCUAAACUUCUAAUAGUUUGCCUAAUUUCAGUUUAUGUGACAAAACAA